UCGUCGUCAGUGCAGCGUUUUUAACUUUAUAUGCGCGUUCGAUCAGUCGAGUUUUACUUAUAAAUUACAUCGCGCGGCGUGCUCAAGUACGAAUCCGACGCCGCGACUUUGUGCCUCCCGUAUGUAUGUAUGAGUGUGUCGCGCAUUUUUUUGUCAUCGUAUCGUUACUGCACUCGCACUUUAUUUUUAUAACGCGCCGCAGCGAGUGUAAGCAACGCUCGUGUCAAACGCGUAAACGUAAGAAUUAUAUAAAUCGGUAAGUAGCGUGGAUAAUAGCUAUAUAGCGGCCGAGGUGGCCCCGUCGCUGUCUGGAGAGAAUGAUACACAAACUACGUCGCGUUUGACACGCGUGACAGAUAUCUCUCGAAGACGGUGUACUAUAUACCUAUGUAUGCACGGCCGCGGGUAACAAUAGUAGGACUCGUCUCUCGCGCGCUAAAAGCGCGCCGGUAACGCGAUAUCCUCGAGCAUUGCAAUCGCUGCACACAUAGCGGAGCAGAGCGCAGAGCAGAGCUGGCCCGCAGUCCAAGCGACGUGAUUCGCGCAGUCGAGCUCCGCGCGCGCGCGAAAAAAAAAAGAGAAACUCGGUACUUUUGCGAGCUGCAGUUUCGUCCAAAGUCUCUCCUCGGGCCCGCGUCGUCUUCUAUACGGUCUGGCAGUGUAUCUCUUUUCGUCGAAAGUUAGGUAUGGCGCUACCGCACUCCGCUCCGAGCGCACGUAUCCAUGCUCUCUUAUAGUAUAACGUGAGCUGCUGCUGCUCCUCGCCCUCGCACAGAGAGAAGAAGAAGAGACAUGCAGCAUCUUUUCUUCUUCCUCUUCUUCUUCUUCUUCUCCUCCUUUGGUAUAUUUCUCUCGUCGUUUAUAUAGCUCUCUGCUCUCUGUGCAGCUCGCACGACUCUUCGUGCAAGUGUGUGUGUCCGUGUGUGUACACAUUCUCUCUCUCUCUCUCUCUCUCUCGGCCGCACCGCACAAGAGGAGUCUCAGCAGACAGUAUAGACUUUUUCGCCUCUCUCGUGUAUUGUGUAUCGUGUGUAUCCGUACUCUCUGCGUACCAUUACAACGCGAGGAGAAGAGGAGACGACGGUACACAUAUAUAUAUUUAUCUCGUGGAUCCGCCGCCACCGCCGCCGUCGCCGCGCACGGAUGUGAUCUAGUUAAUGCACGGCCAGAGCUACGUCUCUCGCGCGCGCGGAGCGACGAGCGACGAGUAUACAACAACUCGAGCACACGGCAGAUAGUUUUAUAAUACGCAGCAUCACGAUCGUCAUCAUCAUACAUACAUAAUCGGCCUCCCAUAAUGUUGAGACGAUGGAGCUCGAGUGGCUGCUCCGAUCUACGUUCUUCGGUAUUAAUACGAGUGAAGAAGCAGCAGCAGCUACAACAAGAGACGAGAUGAUUACAAGAUCGGAAGAGCAGCAGCAGUAUAAGCACGAAGAGGGUAAUCGACAGCGAUACUAUAAGCGGUGGCGACGGCGGCAGCCGCGGUAUCUACUUAUCUUCGUUGCACUACUGCUGCUGCUGCAGAACAACGUUCGUUUGGCCGAAGGCGCCACCGCCACUACCACCAGCCUACUGCUACUACCGAUUACCGAUAAUGAGUCGGCGAGGGAAAAUCGAAGCGCUACCUCCGCUGCUGCCGAUGCUGCUACUGCUGCCAGCGGCGAGUCUCUGUCCGUUUCCUCGGCUCUGCCGAAACUCGCCUUUAGAUCGAGGGACUUGUCGUCGAACAAUGAAACGACGACGUCGGCGAGUAGCAGCAACGGUAACGUCGAUGGUCGGAGCGAGUUCACCGAUUGGAGCGAUUGGUCGGUGUGCGACAGAAACUGCAUGCAGAAUCGGAUAAAAAAGUGCCGCGCGCCGAGCCAGUGCGCCAAUUCGCUUCUUCGAGAGGAACGAGUUUGUACGGACGAGGAUAAAACGGGCCCGAGCUGUCGCGGACAAAAAAACUCGGCCAGACGCAAGAAGAAGCGUCGCGAGUAUCAUAUUGUUCAGGUCAACGACGAGGUGAGAGCCGCGCGAAAGGGCAGCCGGAGGAAGCACCAUCAUCAUCAGCAUCACCGGCGCAAGGGCAAGAACGAGUUGCUGCAAGACGACGACGGCGGCGGCGGCCACAGGACGCCCCAAGACGAGUACGGCAAGUGGAGCAAGUGGUCGUCCUGUACGAGGUCCUGCACGACUCAGCGCCUCAAAUGGUGCAAGAUACCGGGCUUGUGCGCGAAAGACGUCGUACGUCAGACGGCCUAUUGCUACAUCGAGGGCAGCUAUUGUCAACGCUGGAUCAGGCGAAAGAUCCAUCAACAUUACGAAGGCAACAGCAACGCAGCCAGCGGCAGCGAUACAAGCAAUCUGACAGAAGAUCGAUUCGCCGAUCUCGCCGGUGACGACGGCGGUAGCAGCAGCAGCAGCAGCAGCAAUAGCAACUUAACGCCAGCCAGCGGUAGCGCUACCGCCAGCGAAGACUACUCCAAUUCCUCUCCUGCCUGGAAGUGCGGCGUGGCGCGGAAAAGCAACAAACUGUCCUACUUCACGAGGAUAAUAGGCGGCCGACCCACGUUGCCCGGUUCAUGGCCCUGGCAGGUCGCCGUCUUGAACAGAUACGGAGAAGCUUUUUGCGGUGGCACGCUCGUGUCUCCGCGCUGGGUCCUGACGGCCGCCCACUGCGUGCGCAAGCGGCUCUCGGUGCGCAUCGGCGAGUACAAUCUGCUGAUCAAAGAAGGCACGGAGAUCGAGCUGAAAAUCGAUCACUCGGUGACGCAUCCCAAGUACAACGCGCACACGGUGGACAACGACAUAGCUCUGCUGAGGCUGCCCGUCUCGCUGACGCCUUCGGAGACGCGCGGAGUCGCCUGCCUGCCGGCACCUUGGCAGGAGCUGCCCGAUGACCAAUUGUGCACGAUUAUCGGCUGGGGAAAAACCAAUGCGACGCACACCUUCGGCACCGAUGUGCUCCACGAGGCCAGAAUACCGAUCGUUCCGGACGACAUGUGCCGCGACGUCUACGUCGACUACAAGAUCACCAACAACAUGUUCUGCGCGGGCUAUCGUCGAGGCCGCAUGGACUCGUGCGCCGGCGACAGCGGCGGCCCCCUGCUCUGUCGCAAUCCCGCGCGCGCCGAUCAUCCCUGGACGAUCUUCGGCAUCACGAGCUUCGGCGAGGGCUGCGGCAAGCGCGGCAAGUACGGCAUCUACGCCAAGCUAUCCAACUACGUGCACUGGAUCAACAAAGUUGUUAGAAAAGACUCGUUUAGAUAGCGGCGGUUAUUUUUUUAAAAUACAAAUAACGGAAACGAAAAAAAAAACGUAAUAUUUAA